UUGCUGUACGAUGCCAUCCACUGGGGCGAUCUUCGAACCCGCGAAGAUCGGCGUAAAAAUUGUACAGGCGAAGGCGUUCCACUAUCUGCUGUUGCAAACCCUGGCGUGGUCGGUGACGAGAACGCUUCUGGGGACAACUGCGUAUGUGACGAUGACGAUGAAGACGAUGACGGUGAAGACGAUGACGAUGAAGACGAUGACGAUGAAUUCGGCGCAGACGAUGAUAACGGAGACGAUGAAGACAUACAAUCUUUGGCAAUAUCUAUCACUUCGUUUUGUUGUCUAGUAUUUGGAUUAGCGACUGGGUUAUGGACUUGCUCAACCCUGUUCCAUGCAUCAUACAACAAACUCAAAGGCAGCGACCUCUUGGAAGUAUCAUCCAGUUUAGCUGCAACUUUACUGGCGUUGUUUCCAUCAACUCGCGUUCGUAGCUGAUUAACGUGUGACCGUACCUUUCUGCCUUGCUCGAUCGUCACCUCAUACAUUACUCGGCCGAUGCAUCCACUUAUCACCCCGGAACCCAUCUCCAACUAUUCCGUCGGUAUUGCUUAGCAUAGACCAGAUUGAUGAGCUCGAAUUUCCUCGGAAUAGUUCUUACGUCUUCUAAUACAGGGUCUAAUGUUGGUUUUGGUCGAAGUAACUCUAAACAUGCUCGAAUCCUUCGAUUGAACAUAACUUCAGCAGGUGAUUUAUGCUCUAAAAGCUUGCUCGGCGUGUUCCUGUGUGUAAGUAGAAAUGUGUCUAUCGCCUCUGCUACGGUGCUUCCC